GUGGAUGGAUAAAAAGAAAGGUCACCAAAACAUUGAUGUAAGCUACCUCUAUGCCUGUGCAAGUGAUGGAUUGACAUAUUUGUUCACAAAAAAAAAACAUGUUAAGACUUGAAAGAAUUUCGUCCUUAUAGUCGCAUGUAACCUAUCUAUAGAUCUAGUUUAGUUAUAUCGCUCUUAUAAACUUUAUUAGAAAUAUUACCACUGAUUUUUCUCCAUUUUUAUUAUAAGACAGAUUAUAUGUCCAGUGCACAUGCCUGCAGUUUAUUAACCUUGUUGAAACACCACAGCCAAACUGCGGAAGAACUCGGCCAAAGGGGUGGAUGAAUGUGCAUUUGGAAUAACGUGUAAACAUUAGGGUCGCGUUUUUAUUGGUCCGUUGCUAAUUGGUAAAAGGAACCGGCUGUCAACUAUUUAGAUGGUGAGAAAGACGCUGCCUGGCGGCACACUCAAAACACACGGAGGAUGGACUCGGCCCGUAGUCGAAGUAUCUGUAGGCAUUUCAUAAAUGGCUCUUGCAGAUUAGGUCCGAGGUGUAAUUAUCUUCAUGAAUGGCCAGUUCUACCAUCAGCCCAAAUAUGUAGGUACUUUCAAAAAGGUGGAUGCUGGUAUGGUGAACGCUGCAGGUACCUCCAUGUCCAUCAAGCUGAAGCUGAAGCAGCUGUGGCAGGUCGAAGAAGUUCAGUUCCUACCGUCUCCUCCUCCAGUGUGACUUGCGCUCCACCUGACAGAAGAGGGUCAGAGCCUGCUCUUCUGCAGGCUGAGGUGAGGUCCACGCAGGGCUGCAGCACAUCGCAGUUUGUUAAUGUGUCGGAUCCUCAACACUACAAUGGCCGUCUGGCAGCAAGUUUACCUGAGGAACAGUCACAAGGUACUGACUCUCACCUCAUUGCUUCUUUGGAAUCGGACCAGAGCUCAGAAGUUGCUCAGCAGACUUUCUCCAAUGAGACAACAGAGGAUGGUGCUGCUGCUGCCGCCUCCUCCAGUACCCAGACGAAAGAAGAGAACAUGAACAACUACAUCCAGAGUGAAAAUGUGACCUGUGGAAUCUGCAUGGACAAGGUGUAUGAAAAGAUGGAGGCAAGAAACCGUGUUUUUGGAAUCUUGCCAAACUGCAAUCACUCUUUCUGUUUACAAUGCAUCAAGACCUGGAGGAAUACAAAAGACCUUGGGCCAGAUGUGGUUAAGAGCUGCCCACAGUGCAGAGUGAGGUCUGGCUUUUAUGUGCCCAACAAAUACUGGGUUGAAGGACCAGCGAAGGAAAGUGUAAUAGCUGCCUUCAAAGAGAAAUUCAGCAAGAAGAGCUGCAGUUACUACAUGCGAUACAGAUGCUGCCCCUUCAAAACAGAGUGCCUUUAUCGACAUGACAAACGUGCACGUCGCAGGUCAUUUCCGUAUCAUACCGAAGAUGAAGAUGACCACAGUGGUGUAGAUCUGGUAAAUCUUUUCAUAGCCAUGACUCUUCUCAGUGGUGGCGGCGGCGAUGAUGAUGAUGACGACGACGACGAUGAUGACUACUUUGACUUCCCUUUUUAUCUGUCUGAAGAGUAUGGUUUCUGAGCUUUUUCAUUCUUUUUGUCCAUGCCUGAAACCGUUGAAUGGGGUAUUAAUUAUAGUAUUGCCACCAGAAGAACGCACAACUGUAUUUUGACCCUUGUAUGCUUGUUGGGUCUGUAUUGAAAACUCGUCAUUAGUACUAGUGAUCGAGAUCAGGGAUAUCAACUGUGUGCCAUGGAGGGCAAAGUGUGUUCAGGUUUGUAACUGCAGUCAGACUAUGGCGGGAAGACUAACUGACCAGUACUCCUUCAACCAGAGAGGAACUAACCUGUGAAAUCACUUGCUACAGUCUCGGUUUGGAGAACAUGUACACUUGGCUCUUCGUGGCACGUGGUUUGUUGCCCCUGCUCUAGAUGCAGACAUCCUGUGUGGGGCAAAUCUUUAAUCUCCAAUGAUCUUGUAGUUAUUAUGUUUAGUUUAUGCCACCAUUCUGUGGCCAUAGUGCUUCAAACAUGUUGCAGAUUAAUUUUCCCUGAAUCUCAUGGACAGGAGUGCUUAAUUCUGACUUCUGUACCAGCUAUUUGCACAAUUUUGUUAUUUUUAAAGUGCUGCGUGGAUGAUAGUUUUAAUUGUCUAUAGAUAAAAAGUAUUCUGUACCCCUGUCUUGCUAAUGUUUUCUACUGCCUGCCUCAAGUGAUAGUCAUGACACUGUUUUCCUAGUUUUGGCAAGAACAAAAUGUUAAGCUUUUAUUUCUUUUAAAUAAGUUGUACUUGUACACAGAAAAUAAAACAUUACUUCACAGUUUGUCUCACUGAA